AACUGGACCUCUGCUUUGCUGGCUUGAAGCUCUCCAUUGUUGGUCUUUUAUGGGGCUUGUCUACUAGUUAAGACCAGAGAGAGAGAGGGAGAGAGAGAGAGAUCCAAGUUGGGUCCAACUUCACUUUUGUUAUAAGGCACAACCCCAUUCAACUUCUUUUUCAACAAUUUCAUCAUCUACAAAACCACUAAAAAAACUGGUAAAACCCCUUCGUGCUUUAUGCUCUCCUGAUUCCGUUGGAUCCAUAGAUCUAACACUCUGAUAAGCCCACAAGAAGUAGUUCUUUGUUUAGCUGUUUCAGUUAGUAGCUUUGAAGGACAAGUCAAAUUAUAACAAGAGCAUACUUACUGUGUUGUAAAGUAGAGGAGGACACAAGUCGUUCUGAGGUUUCUAGGUCAGAGUUCUUUUGGGCACUUAUUAAAUGUGGAUUAUUUGGAGGGUGUUUGGAUGAGAUGAGGGAUGUUAUCUGGGUUGAUGAACCUUUUGAGGGCCUGCUUCCGGCCAAGGUCUGAUCAAUAUGUUCACACGAAUUCAGAUACUGUUGGUCGCCAGGACGGGCUGUUGUGGUACAAAGAUCAUGGGCAGCACGUAAAUGGUGAAUUUUCUAUGGCAGUAGUGCAGGCUAACAAUUUACUUGAGGAUCAGAGUCAGCUUGAGUCGGGAAGUUUGAGCUUACAUGAAUCUGGCCCACAUGGUACUUUUGUUGGGGUUUAUGAUGGACAUGGAGGGCCUGAGACAUCGCGCUACAUCAACGAUCACCUCUUUCAGCAUCUCAAGAGGUUUACUUCGGAGCAACAAUCGAUGUCAGUGGAAGUGAUACGGAAGGCAUUUCAAGCAACAGAAGAGGGUUUUCUUUCUCUCGUUACUAAACAGUGGCCUAUGAAACCCCAAAUUGCAGCAGUUGGAUCCUGCUGCCUGGUUGGUGUUAUCUGUAAUGGAACCCUUUACAUUGCCAACCUCGGUGAUUCGCGUGCUGUUUUGGGUAGAGCUGUGAAGGCAACAGGGGAAGUUCUGUCUAUUCAGCUAUCUGCUGAGCACAACGCUUGCAUAGAGUCUGUGAGACGUGAACUGCACGCCUUGCAUCCUGAUGACUCACAGAUUGUAGUUUUAAAGCACAAUGUGUGGCGUGUAAAAGGUCUUAUACAGGUUUCCAGAUCUAUUGGUGAUGUAUAUUUGAAGAAGGCCGAGUUCAACAGGGAACCUUUAUUUGCUAAAUUUCGACUUCGAGAACCUUUUAAAAAUCCAAUAUUGAGCUCAGAACCAUCAAUAUCAGCGCACCAGCUGCAGGCUCAUGAUCAAUUUAUUAUAUUUGCCUCUGAUGGCCUUUGGGAGCACCUAAGCAAUCAAGAAGCAGUUGAUAUUGUUCAAAAUCAUCCACACAAUGGAAGUGCAAGGAGGCUUGUAAAAGCUGCCUUGCAAGAAGCAGCAAAGAAGAGAGAAAUGAGAUAUUCAGACCUGAAAAAGAUUGAUCGUGGUGUGCGGCGGCAUUUCCAUGAUGACAUAACUGUGAUUGUUGUGUUCCUUGACUCGAAUGUUGUAAGCAGGGCUAGCUCAGUCAAAUGCUCAAAUAUAUCUGUUAGAGGGGGUGGAAUCAGCCUGCCUCCCAACACACUGGCUCCUUGUACCACACCAACGGAAGCUGGCAGGCUUUGAUGAAGCUAUAUCUCAUGUUUUUGUCUCUUGUAUUAUUCUCGUGUGAAUACCAGGUAGCUUCUGAAAUAGAUAAGAGGAGCCGCCCUUCAAAUUCUUUAAUGUACACUAUAACUUUUAACCGGAACUCAUACUUGAAUUUAGCUUCUGUGCGAAAAACCCUAGAACUGGAUAAGUACAAGGUCAUGAUUAUAAUAGUUAUUUAUCGGGAAGUUUUCUGCCCUUA